CUCCCGGUGCCCCGCGCCCUACUUCCUUCCUCGCCCGGACGGACGCACUUCCGGCGGAUGUGGGGGGGCAACCCCGGAAACGGAAGUGAGCGGCGCGGUCCUCUGACGGUAACGGGUUGAGAGGCUGUUCGCAAAGCGAGUUGAAGAUGAAUGCCAGAGGACUUGGAUCUCAGCUAAAGGACAGUAUUCCAGUUACUGAACUUACAGCAAGUGGACCUUUUGAAAGUCAUGAUCUUCUUCGAAAAGGUGUCUCUUGUGUGAAAAAUGAACUUCUACCCAGUCAUCCACUUGAAUUAUCUGAAAAAAAUUUCCAACUCAACCAAGACAAAAUGAAUUUUUCUACACUGAGAAACAUCCAGGGUCUGUUUGCUCCACUAAAAUUACAAAUGGAAUUCAAGGCAGUGCAACAGGUUCAACGUCUUCCAUUUCUUCCAAGCUCAAACCUUUCACUGGAUAUUUUGAGGGGUAAUGAUGAGACAAUCGGGUUUGAAGAUAUUCUUAAUGACCCAUCACAAAGUGAACUAAUGGGAGAACCACACUUGAUGGUGGAAUAUAAACUCGGUUUACUGUAAUGCAGCAUGCUGGUCAUGAAAUUAGGGGGCUGCAUCUUGUUUAUACUUGUAUUUUUACUAUAAUUUGAUGUGCACAACAUUAAAAGUACUGACUUAAGAGAAUUUUUGCAUAAAUA